AGCAACAAGACCAACAAACACAGAUAUCUUCGCUUCCAUGCCAAUCCGGUCGAACUGUUCCUUGAUGCGGGUCUUGUGUGCUCAGGUGUCAACUCAGGCUCAUCGAAAGAGGCUCGCACAUAUAGGCUGAGUGGUAAUUUCGAGAGAGUGCAUACCUUGAAAAAACAGCAUUUUGAUGAAAAUUAG